AGCGUUUAGAGUUUAGCAUCGUUAAUAAUCAGGAUCAGAGGAAAUUCUAAACCCGGUUUUCUUCUCCUGUUUCUCCGGAUAUAUCAGAUCUCUGAGCCCGUGGUUUCGUCUCUUGAGAGAACUAUUUCUCUGGUCUCCUUUUACUGAUGAGGUUUCAUUCUCCACCCAACCCUCCGGGACGAAACACGGAGAUGGAGAACUCUAGUUCUAUGAGUUCUAUACCGAGCACAAUGGAGGAGAAGUUCAACUGGAGUUUAAACAUGUCUCUACCUAUACCAGAUAACUAUGAUCUAUCUGGGGAGAGGUUGAUGGGCCCGAUUAUGGAGACUAUCUUGAUAUCUCUAUAUGCUACUAUCUGUUGUCUGGGUAUUCUCAGCAAUACAGCUCUUAUCUGGGUUGUGUUAGGUAAGAAGAUCCAUAGAACCCCUAAGAAUCUGUAUAUUGUAAACCUGGCUAUCUCUGGCAUAUCAAUGUGUGUAAUCUGUAUUCCUCCGACCCUGAUACAAUGUUUGUACGGAGGAAAAUGGUUUCUCGGCCUGGCUGCCUGCAAGCUUGUACCAGCUUUUCAAGGUUACACAUUGCACAGUGAUACUUAUCAACUGCAGUAUUUGGGUAAUCUCCUUCGGUCUCACCCUUCCAAUUCUCAUAUAUCAGGAGCUGCGGCAUAUUGACUGGGCUGGCUACUACCUGUGUGUAGAGGAUUGGCCCCACACACUGAUGAAACCUGCUGUUACCGUAGCAAUCCUCUUCAUACAGUACAUAUUCCCAAUGCUGGUUCUACCUGUUGUACAUGGACUGAUCUUGAGGUUCCUGGAAGAGAAUUCUAGCCUGGCCCUGGACGCGAGGAGGAAGGAGAGGGAGAGGAAGAGAAACAAGAGGAUGACCUUCGUGCUCUCUUGUAUAGCACUCACCUUUGCGGUAUCUUGGUUACCACUUCAUCUGUUCUUUACAGUUCUUGACCUUGGACUUGGUCAUAUCGGAGAUACACAGGUCUAUUUCUUUGUACUGGGAAUGUGUCAUCUGUCUGCUAUGAGCUGUACUGUGAGUAAUCCUGUACUGUACGGCUGGUUGAACACUAACCUCAGGAAGGAGUUUAUCAAGGUUCUUCCGAAUUGGUGUACAGCAUUUGCAAACAGACACCCAAGAUCGACAAGCCAGGACAAUCUGAACGAAACUACAAGGAUAGUAGUUCGGGCCGAGGAACACCAUGAGUGCAUGAGUAUGGUUGAUCUUAAGCUAUAAAUAUGGUUGAUUGUGUAUAUCGAAAAUUCAAAAAAAUAAUUAGCUUAGAAAAUGACGAUAAGUUAAUAUAAUAAAUUCCGUAUUGUUUCUUAAAAUUAAUUUAAAGUUAGUUUAAUGACAAAAAAACAAGAAUAUGUUUUUUUUGAAAUUAAAAACCUUGCUCUAAACUAUCGCAGGAAUUCAUGAUAUUUUAUCAUAAAACUAGAACUAUAUAUAUAAUAUAUAUUUAUUAUAUUAUUGUGGUAUAUCUAUCACAAUUCACAAUUGAUAAACGCUAAAUUACAAUUACUAGUAUGUAAAUCACAAACAUUGAGUGAUUUAUUACCAACUAUAACCAUUAUACAACAUCAACAUAUAUGUUAAAAAUAUAGGUGUUUCGACAAUAAAUCAGGUAGAUUGUCCUAAACGUCUAGAAAUCAUAAAAAACGAUUACCAAAAACUUCCAGUGAACUCGAGAUGUUAAUUAACUAAAUUCGUUUGAGUAAAACCUCAACUUUAAAGAUUAAUACCGAGUUAAAUAAAAUAAGACGUAUGGGAAAAAAACAAAGACUUCUGAAUUAAAGACUUUCUUUAAAAAGCCGGAAAUCCAAUUUUUCGUGCUGAUGUCGUCAGUGAAUCUUUUAUUGAGUAAAAUAACUUCAAAAAACUUUUGUACAAAAGAUUUGAUUGUUGAAUAACAAAAGGACAGGACAAAAGUGAAUUCUGCAUUGUAUUUUAAAAAGUCUCAGUGAAAAUUUAAAAACUCAAAAAUCCUCCAACUCUUCCUUGUUUUACCAUUGAAAGGAAAUGUUCUCCUAAAGUCCAAUUAUGAUUCCAUGAUUUUAAUGCAAGAUCAUUCAGAAAACAUAGGAGUGCAAGAGUACAGGAAAUUAACAAUAUUACACAGAGGAACAAUUUCUUUGUUUUUUUAUUAAAGAUGCUGACAAACUGAAAAUAACAAAAGUAAAAAAAUAAAUGAUUUU